ACAAAGAAAUGUGAAGAGACCAUACCAUACCUUACCACUUGUGGUCCUAAUACAUUCCCUCACACUAUUCAUACUUGUGAUGUUUUACUAUUUCUAUAUAAGAAUCAUUAUAUGCUCUUGUUCUCUUCCUCAUAUAUGAAUAGUACUACUACGUUUGAGUUUUCUUCAUAUUUAUAAACUAUAACCUUUCUUUCUAGAUCUCUUCCUUGAAGCCAUGGAGACAAGAAGCUCAGAGGGAAAAAGAACAUGGAGGAACAAAGAGGUGGUGAACAAUCAUGAAGAGAUGGAACAGGAGGAUGAAGAUGAUGGAAUAGAUUUUGAAGAGGAGGGGGAAGGUAGAAAGAAGAGGGUAGUAAGAGAUCUGUAUAGUAAGAGUACUACAAGGUCCAAAGGUGGAGGGUCGAAUAUUCCACCUUGUUGUCAAGUGGAGAAUUGUGAUGCUGAUCUAAGUGAAGCUAAGCAGUACCAUCGGAGACAUAAGGUGUGUGAGUAUCAUGCUAAGGCACCUGCCGUACACAUUGCAGAGAUGCAGCAAAGGUUUUGUCAGCAAUGUAGCAGAUUUCAUGAGCUAUCUGAAUUUGAUGACACAAAAAGGAGUUGUAGAAGGCGUCUUGCCGGGCAUAAUGAGAGACGUCGCAAAAAUGCAAGUGACUAUCAAGGAGAAUGAUUUCAUCAUUAGAUGGACAUUAAUAAGGAACAGAGGCACAAAGCAUAUGAUUGAAAUAAAAAUAUCCCAUUCGGACAAUAUAUGUUGCUUGUCUCUAAGGAUAGAUAUGCUCUCUAUCUUCUGUCAAUCUUUUCUCUAUGUAUGCAAAGACUACUUUUGUUGCUAGUUACUUCUAUAUCAUGUGAUAUUUUCACUUAGAUUCCUCAUUAAAUACGUGACUUUUGAAAGUAUUUGUUUCUUUUGC